AGGUGCAAUGCCUCUUCUCCUUGCAACGCAUGGGAAUCAUCCACGAGGGCAAUACGAAACAUGUGGUGCUUGGAGGCGGCCAGCACGGACAUGCCGAAGCCAGUCAGAUUGCAGAGAUGCUGAAAGACACCAAGGCCAGUCAAGCAGUAAAGACAUGGAGCAGGCAGUUUCCGGACGCUGCGCUUGUGCUUGCCUGUCAGCUGCUGCCUGCCGCCUUGAAGCCCUCCUUUUCCCCCACGACGUGGCUUUGCAGUCAGCACCUGGCACAGGUGCUACCAUUGAAGGGCAACAUCUUUGCGGCCUUCGUGAACUCGCACCAGUUGAAUUUACGCGCCAGCAGCGUGUCCCUGGCCAUGCGCUUGCUACACUUGGCGACCAUGGAACCGGCGCAGGCCCCGAAGGCGACAGAGAAUGAGUUUCCAGCGGCACCGACGCAACAGGCCGAGCUUUUGGCCUCUGCCACCCUGGCGGCCUGGGAGAUCUUGGCGCUUCCGAGUGCCUUGCGUCUUCUGCCGCCUGGUGCAAGCACUGCGACAGUAGCCUGUUUCACUUCGCCGUUGAUCGUGGCCACAGACCCAUGGAUUCAGGUGCAAGGUCUUCGCUUGAGCGUCAUGGAGGAUUGGAUGGUGGAUGGGGACACCCAUGCCAGCGCACAGUUCUGGAGAUCAGAGACCAUGCCAGCCGCUGGUGAGCGUCCCUUGGUGACUGUGGACGUGAACCUGAAGUUGACGCCCUUGAAGAUUCGCCUGCAUGCGCAGCAGCUCCGUGCCCUGCAAGAAUGGGUUGCAGACAUCCCAGAAGCUGAGGCACCAUCCGAAUCACCGCCAGCAUCAGCGUCACCAUCAGCACCAGCGCCAGCACCGCCUGCGGCGGCUUCGCGGGUGCGGCUGGCUUUGUCGCUUCGCUCGUCCAUUGCCUUGGACGUGAGCUUGGUGGCGGGCGAGGUGCGGCUGGAAAAUGCUGAUCUUGCGGAUUCACUCAGUGGAAAGCCUGGUAUCAGCGUUUGCACAGGGGUUCCUAUAGAAUUUUUCUUAAACAAAUGGAUCAAGACUGAGACUGAGACAGCCGCGAUCAGCUGA